GGGCAGCCCAGCCCAGCGCAGCCCGCGGGCAGCGCAGCUCAGCUGAGCCCCGGGGCAGCCGCCCCGCAGGCAGCGCGGAAGGGAUGAGCCGGGCGGUGCUCGGCUGGGCUCGCUGCUAAACGCGCCUCCAUCCCUCCCUCCCUCCUCUCUUCCCUCCCUCCUUCCCUCUUUUUCUCUCUGUCUCGGCUCUCCUCCUCCCUAACUCACUGGAUAUUACCAGCCGCCGGGCUCGCCGCCUCCUCUCCCCCAGCCAUGAAUCCCACCGAAGGGGCGGCGGAGGAAGGCGCUGUCCCCGACUCGGAGGUGGAUGCUUUCUUCCGAACAGGCUCAUUUCGAAAUGAUGGCUUGAAAGCUGCUGAUGUCCUUCCUAUACUAAAGGAGAAAGUGGCCUUCGUAUCAGGUGGCCGUGAUAAACGAGGUGGUCCUGUCUUGACCUUCCCAGCCCGCAGCAAUCAUGACAGAAUAAGACAGGAAGACCUUCGGAAACUUGUGACUUAUUUGGCCAGCGUGCCAAGCGAAGAUGUCUGUAAACGAGGAUUCACUGUUAUUAUUGACAUGCGGGGAUCAAAAUGGGAUUUGAUCAAGCCUCUCCUAAAGACCCUUCAAGAAGCCUUUCCUGCCGAGAUUCAUGUUGCCCUGAUCAUAAAACCUGAUAAUUUCUGGCAGAAGCAGAAGACAAACUUCGGCAGUUCCAAGUUCAUCUUUGAGACAAGUAUGGUGUCUGUUGAAGGCCUGGCAAAACUUGUAGAUCCGUCACAACUGACAGAUGAGUUUGAAGGAUCCUUGGAUUACAACCACGAUGAAUGGAUAGAGCUGCGUGUCUCCUUGGAAGAGUUUUUCAACAGUGCCAUCCAUUUAUUAUCAAGGCUGGAGGACCUCCAGGAAAUGCUGGCUAGGAAGGAGUUUCCAGUUGACGUCGAGGGCUCCAGGAGGCUGAUUGAUGAGCACACACAGCUUAAGAAGAAAGUGAUCAAAGCUCCUGUGGAAGAACUGGACCGUGAGGGGCAGAGGUUAUUACAAUGCAUAAGGUGCAGUGAUGGUUUUUCCGGUAGGAACUGCAUUCCUGGAAGUGCGGAUUUUCAAAGUCUUGUGCCAAAGAUUACCAGCCUUUUAGACAAGCUGCAUUCUACCCGGCAACACUUACAUCAGAUGUGGCAUGUCCGCAAGUUGAAACUAGACCAGUGCUUUCAACUCCGGCUUUUUGAGCAAGAUGCUGAGAAGAUGUUUGACUGGAUCAGCCACAACAAAGAAUUGUUCCUGCAGAGUCACACGGAGAUCGGCGUGAGCUACCAACAUGCCCUUGACCUGCAGACGCAGCACAAUCACUUUGCCAUGAAUUCGAUGAACGCCUAUGUCAACAUCAAUCGGAUCAUGUCUGUUGCAUCCAGGCUGUCUGAGGCAGGCCAUUACGCUUCCCAGCAAAUUAAACAAAUUUCUACACAGCUGGAUCAAGAGUGGAAGAGUUUUGCUGCAGCUCUGGAUGAACGCAGCACCAUCUUAGCCAUGUCUGCUGUCUUUCACCAGAAAGCUGAACAGUUCCUUUCAGGUGUGGAUGCCUGGUGUAAAAUGUGCAGUGAAGGAGGCCUCCCCUCAGAAAUGCAAGACCUGGAGCUGGCCAUCCAUCAUCAUCAGUCUCUGUAUGAGCAAGUAACACAGGCCUACACAGAGGUAAGCCAGGAUGGAAAAGCCUUGCUGGAUGUCCUGCAGCGUCCCCUAAGCCCUGGGAAUUCAGAAUCCCUCACUGCUACUGCAAACUACUCCAAGGCUGUGCACCAGGUGCUGGACGUGGUACAUGAGGUCCUACAUCACCAGCGGCGCCUGGAGAGCAUCUGGCAGCACCGAAAGGUCCGGCUGCACCAAAGACUGCAGCUCUGCGUUUUCCAGCAGGAUGUUCAGCAGGUACUGGACUGGAUUGAAAAUCAUGGAGAAGCCUUUCUGAGCAAACACACAGGAGUGGGGAAGUCUCUGCACAGAGCACGUGCGCUGCAGAAAAGACACGAUGACUUUGAAGAGGUAGCACAGAAUACGUACACCAAUGCAGACAAGCUUUUAGAGGCUGCAGAGCAGUUGGCUCAGACUGGGGAAUGUGACCCUGAAGAGAUCUAUAAAGCAGCCCGGCAUCUGGAAGUACGGAUUCAGGACUUCGUCCGGAGGGUGGAACAGAGGAAGCUUCUCUUGGACAUGUCAGUCUCCUUCCAUACCCACACCAAAGAGCUGUGGACAUGGAUGGAAGAUCUGCAGAAGGAGCUCUUAGAGGAUGUCUGUGCUGACUCUGUGGAUGCGGUUCAGGAGCUUAUCAAGCAGUUUCAGCAGCAGCAAACAGCCACCUUGGAUGCUACCCUCAAUGUUAUUAAGGAAGGGGAAGAUCUAAUCCAGCAGCUCAGGGACUCCGCCGUUUCCAACAAUAAGACCCCACACAACAGCUCCAUCAGCCACAUUGAAUCUGUACUUCAGCAGCUGGACGAGGCGCAGGUACAGAUGGAAGAGCUCUUCCAUGAGAGGAAGAUUAAGCUAGAUAUCUUUCUUCAGCUCCGGAUCUUUGAGCAGUACACCAUUGAGGUUACAGCAGAGUUAGAUGCCUGGAAUGAGGAUCUGCUGAGACAAAUGAAUGAUUUCAAUACCGAGGACCUUACUCUGGCUGAGCAACGUUUGCAGCGUCACACCGAGAGGAAGUUGGCCAUGAACAACAUGACUUUUGAAGUCAUCCAGCAAGGGCAAGAUUUACACCAAUACAUCAUGGAGGUCCAGGCUUCAGGCAUCGAGCUGAUCUGUGAAAAGGACAUUGACCUUGCAACACAGGUUCAAGAGCUGCUGGAAUUCCUUCAUGAGAAGCAGCAUGAGCUGGAGCUUAAUGCUGACCAAACUCACAAGAGGUUAGAGCAGUGCCUACAGCUCCGGCACCUACAGGCUGAGGUCAAGCAGGUGCUUGGUUGGAUCCGGAAUGGUGAAUCAAUGCUGAAUGCAAGCCUUGUCAAUGCAAGCUCCCUCUCUGAGGCUGAGCAGCUCCAGCGAGAGCAUGAGCAAUUUCAGCUGGCCAUAGAGUCCCUCUUUCAUGCCACUUCCUUACAGAAGACACACCAGAGUGCCCUGCAGGUCCAGCAGAAAGCCGAAGUGCUGCUGCAGGCUGGGCAUUAUGAUGCUGAUGCCAUCAGAGAAUGCGCUGAAAAGGUGGCCCUGCACUGGCAGCAGCUGAUGCUGAAGAUGGAGGACAGGCUCAAGCUGGUCAAUGCCUCGGUGGCCUUCUACAAAACCUCUGAGCAGGUGUGCAGUGUAUUAGAGAGCCUGGAGCAAGAAUACAGACGUGAUGAAGACUGGUGUGGAGGUCGAGAUAAACUUGGACCAGCAGCUGAGAUAGACCACGUCAUCCCUCUGAUCAGCAAGCAUCUGGAGCAGAAGGAGGCUUUUCUCAAGGCCUGCACACUGGCUCGAAGGAAUGCUGAGGUAUUCCUCAAGUACAUCCACAGGAACAAUGUCAGCAUGCCCGGAGUCGCAAGCCAUACACGGGGACCUGAGCAGCAAGUGAAAGCCAUCCUGAGUGAGUUGCUGCAGAGGGAGAACCGAGUCCUUCACUUCUGGACCCUGAAGAAGCGGAGGUUAGAUCAGUGCCAGCAGUACGUUGUCUUUGAGCGCAGUGCCAAGCAGGCCCUGGACUGGAUCCAAGAGACAGGCGAAUAUUACCUCUCUACUCACAACUCUACAGGGGAAUCAGCAGAAGAAACUCAGGAACUCCUGAAGGAAUAUGGGGAAUUCAGAGUACCUGCGAAGCAAACAAAGGAGAAAGUGAAGCUCCUCAUCCAGCUGGCUGACAGCUUUGUAGAAAAAGGACAUAUACACGCCACUGAAAUCAGGAAGUGGGUCACCACCGUUGACAAACGCUACCGUGACUUCUCUCUCAGGAUGGGGAAAUACCGCUACUCCCUGGAGAAAGCCCUUGGAAUCAAUACAGAGGAUAACAAGGACCUCGAACUAGAUAUUAUUCCAGCAAGUCUUUCAGACCGGGAGGUAAAGCUGCGAGAUGCAAAUCACGAAGUCAAUGAAGAAAAAAGAAAGUCUGCUAGAAAGAAAGAAUUCAUUAUGGCCGAGCUUCUUCAGACAGAGAAGGCUUAUGUCAGGGACUUACAUGAAUGUUUAGAGACUUACCUUUGGGAAAUGACAAGUGGGGUGGAAGAAAUACCCGCUGGGAUCCUUAAUAAAGAACACAUCAUCUUUGGCAAUAUUCAGGAGAUAUAUGACUUCCAUAACAACAUUUUCCUGAAAGAACUCGAGAAGUAUGAGCAACUGCCUGAGGAUGUGGGUCACUGCUUUGUCACCUGGGCAGAUAAAUUUCAGAUGUAUGUCACCUACUGCAAAAACAAGCCUGACUCCAGCCAGCUCAUCCUGGAACACGCAGGGACUUUCUUUGAUGAAAUUCAGCAAAGGCAUGGUCUGGCCAACUCUAUCUCUUCUUAUUUAAUCAAGCCUGUCCAGAGGAUCACAAAAUAUCAACUCCUCCUGAAGGAACUGCUUACCUGCUGUGAGGAAGGCAAAGGGGAACUCAAGGAUGGUCUGGAAGUGAUGCUCAGUGUCCCCAAGAAAGCCAAUGAUGCAAUGCACGUCAGCAUGCUGGAAGGGUUUGAUGAGAAUCUAGACGUCCAGGGAGAGCUGAUUCUUCAGGAUUCCUUCCAAGUGUGGGACCCCAAGUCUCUCAUUCGGAAAGGCCGUGAGAGACAUUUGUUUCUCUUUGAAAUCUCUUUGGUGUUUAGCAAAGAGAUCAAAGACUCUUCAGGACACACAAAAUAUGUUUACAAGAACAAGUUACUGACCUCAGAACUGGGAGUGACUGAACAUGUUGAAGGAGAUCCCUGUAAAUUUGCCUUGUGGUCUGGACGAACACCAUCCUCAGACAAUAAAACAGUGCUGAAAGCAUCGAGUAUUGAAACAAAACAGGAGUGGAUCAAAAAUAUCCGAGAAGUCAUCCAAGAAAGAAUUAUCCAUCUGAAAGGAGCUCUGAAAGAGCCAAUUCAGCUCCCCAAGACACCAGCAAAGCAGCGAAACAACAGUAGAAGAGAUGGAGUAGAUGAUGCAGACAGCCAAGGAGAUGGAAGCAGUCAACCUGACACCAUUUCCAUUGCAUCCAGGACAUCACAGAAUACAGUGGACAGUGAUAAGCAUUUCGUCUACGGCAGAGACACAGGACAGUUGUCUGGAGGGUGUGAACUAACCGUGGUGCUCCAGGACUUCACGGCGGGCCACAGCAGCGAGCUGAGCAUUCAGGUGGGGCAGACAGUGGAGCUGCUGGAGAGGCCAAGUGAAAGGCCAGGCUGGUGCUUGGUGCGGACCACGGAGCGGAGCCCACCUCAGGAAGGCCUGGUCCCCAGCAGCGCUCUCUGCAUUUCCCAUUCCCGCAGCAGCGUGGAGAUGGAUUGCUUCUUCCCUUCAGGAAAAGAGGCAUAUUCAGUCUCUUCCAAUGAAAACGGGGGCAAGUCCGAUUCAGUGGCCAACUUACAGCCCCAGCCAUCCCUCAACUCCAUCCAGAGCUCUCCCGGCCCCAAGCGCUCGACCAACACGCUGAAGAAAUGGCUGACGAGCCCCGUGCGCCGGCUGAACAGCGGGAAGGCCGAGAGCAACAUCAAGAAGCAAAAGAAGGUGCGAGAUGGCAGGAAGAGCUUUGACCUCGGCUCGCCGAAGACUGGAGAUGAAACCACUCCUCAAGGAGACAGCGCGGAUGAGAGCAAGAAGGGUUGGGGAGAAGAUGAGCCAGAUGAAGAGUCUCACACACCUCUUCCUCCUCCUAUGAAGAUUUUUGACAAUGAUCCAACCCAAGAUGAGAUGUCCUCUUCUUUGCUAGCUGCUCGGCAGAGCUCCUCCGAUGUCCCAACUGCUGCGGAUCUUGUCAGUGCAAUAGAACAGUUGGUCAAAAGUAAGCUGACCCUUGAAGGAGGAUCUUACCGAGGAAGCUUAAAAGAUGCCACAGGCUGCUUGAAUGAAGGAAUGGCGCCUUCAACUCCCCCAAGAAACCUUGAAGAGGAACAAAAAGCCAAAGCAAUGAGAGGCAGGAUGUUUGUCUUAAAUGAACUGGUCCAGACUGAAAAAGACUACGUCAAAGACUUGGGAACCGUUGUGGAGGGCUUCAUGAAGAGAAUAGAAGAAAAGGGAGUUUCCGAAGAUAUGAAAGGGAAAGACAAGAUAGUGUUUGGCAAUAUUCACCAGAUCUAUGACUGGCACAAAGACUUUUUCCUGGCUGAACUGGAAAAAUGUCUUCAGGAGCCUGACCGUUUAGCACAGCUUUUUAUUAAACAUGAGCGGCGAUUACACAUGUAUGUGGUGUACUGCCAAAACAAGCCACGAUCUGAAUAUAUAGUAGCUGAAUACGAGGCAUAUUUUGAGGAGGUUCAACAGGAAAUAAACCAACGGCUGACCAUCAGCGACUUUCUGAUCAAACCCAUUCAGAGAAUAACUAAAUAUCAGCUUCUUCUCAAGGACUUCCUGAGGUACAGUGAAAAAGCUGGUCUGGAGUGCUCUGAAAUAGAGAAAGCAGUUGAGUUAAUGUGCCUUGUACCAAAACGUUGCAAUGAUAUGAUGAACCUGGGUCGCCUCCAAGGCUUUGAGGGUAAGCUGACAGCCCAGGGCAAGCUGCUGCAGCAGGACACCUUCUACGUGACAGAGCAUGACUCCGGAGUUCAGUCCCGACCGAAGGAACGUAGGGUGUUUCUCUUUGAGCAAAUAGUUAUCUUCAGCGAGCUGCUUAGGAAAGGGUCUUUAACACCAGGCUACAUGUUCAAGAGAAGCAUAAAGAUGAACUACCUUGUCAUUGAAGAAAAUGUGGACGGUGAUCCCUGCAAGUUUGCUCUAAUGAAUCGGGAAACAUCUGAGAAAGUUGUUUUACAGGCAGCUAAUCCAGAAAUUCAGCAGGCUUGGGUACAGGACAUCAACCAGGUCCUGGACACACAAAGGGAUUUCCUAAAUGCACUGCAGUCUCCCAUAGAGUACCAACGCAAAGAAAGUAGCACAGCAGUGCUGAGGCCCCAGGCCGGUAGGGUCGCUCAGCCCAACAGCAGACCCUAUUCUUCUGUUCCAGUAGGGUCUGAGAAGCCUUUGAAGGCUACAAGCCGUAACCCAUCUCUCCCACCCCUGAAGAUAUCUACCUCCAACGGCAGUACAGGGUAUGAACAGCCCGGAGACAAGUAUGAACAAAGCAAGACUGAUUUGGGAGGGUGCAAUGGGACAUCUUCCAUGGUGGUGAUUAAAGAUUACUAUGCAGUGAAGGAGGACGAGAUCUGUGUGAAUCAAGGAGAGGUGGUUCAGAUCCUUGCUAUCAACCAGCAAAACAUGUUCCUGGUGUACCAGCCCGCAAACGACCACUCUCCAGCUGCUGAAGGAUGGAUCCCUGGCAAUAUCUUGGCUCCCCUCACUAAACCCACUACAGAUAAUAGCGACGGAAGCAUCAAGAAGUCAUGUUCAUGGCAUACCCUGCGCAUGAGAAAGCGGGCGGAAAAGGAGAGCAGUGGCAAAAAUGAAGCCAAUGGGCCACGUAAAUCCAAGGAUAUUCUGGGGAACAAAGUCUCUGUUAAAGAGACAAACAGCUCAGAGGAAUCAGAGUGUGAUGACCUUGACCCCAAUACUAGCAUGGAGAUAAUCAACCCCAAUUUCAUUCAGGAAGUGGCUCCAGAGUUCCUUGUGCCGUUGGUGGAUAUCACCUGCCUGCUUGGCGACACUGUGAUGCUGCAGUGCAAAGUCUGCGGCCGGCCCAAACCAACAAUAACUUGGAAAGGACCUGAUCAAAACAUUCUUGACAAUGACAACAGCACGGCCACAUACACGGUGUCAUCCUGUGACUCUGGAGAGCUCAUGCUGAAGAUCUGCAAUGUGAUGCCUCAGGACAGUGGCAUUUACACUUGUGUGGCAACUAACGAGCAUGGAACGGCAUCAACCUCAGCCACAAUCAAAGUGCAAGGUGUACCGGCUGCCCCAAAUCGCCCCAUUGCUCAGGAGAGAAGCUGCACCUCUGUGAUCCUUCGCUGGCUGCCUCCAUCCAGUACAGGCAAUUGCACCAUUUCUGGCUACACAGUGGAGUACAGAGAAGAAGGCUCACAGGUCUGGCAGCAGUCAGUGGCCUCCACACUGGACACUUACCUUGUCAUUGAAGACCUGUCCCCAGGCUGCCAGUAUCAGUUCCGUGUGAGUGCCAGCAACCCCUGGGGGAUCAGCUUGCCCAGUGACCCAUCUGAAUUCGUGAGGCUUCCAGAGUAUGAUUCUGCUGCUGAUGGUGCCACUAUUUCGUGGAAGGAAAACUUUGAUCUCGCUUAUGCGGAGCUGCAUGAGAUUGGGAGGGGACGAUUCUCCAUUGUAAAGAAAUGCGUUCACAAAGCUACCCGGAAAGACGUGGCUGUAAAAUUCAUCAGUAAAAAAAUGAAGAAGAAGGAGCAAGCAGCCCACGAGGCAGCUCUGUUACAGCACUUACAGCAUCCUCAGUACAUCACUAUCCAUGAUACCUAUGAGUCUCCUACUUCUUACAUCCUAGUCCUGGAGCUGAUGGAUGAUGGUCGUCUCCUAGAUUAUCUAAUGAACCAUGAUGAACUUAUGGAGGAAAAAGUAGCUUUCUACAUAAGAGACACAAUGGAAGCCUUGCAGUAUCUUCACAAUUGCCGAGUGGCUCAUUUAGAUAUAAAGCCAGAGAAUCUGCUCAUCGAUUUAAGGAUCCCAGUUCCUCGUGUCAAGAUCAUUGAUUUGGAAGAUGCAGUUCAAAUCACAGGCCAUUACCACGUCCACCAUCUCCUUGGAAACCCAGAGUUUGCAGCCCCUGAAGUUAUCCAGGGCCUCCCCGUGUCCCUGAGCACAGACAUCUGGAGCAUCGGGGUCCUCACCUACGUCAUGCUGAGCGGUGUCUCCCCGUUCCUGGAUGAAAGCAAAGAGGAGACGUGUAUCAAUGUGUGCAGAGUCGAUUUCAGCUUCCCGCCUGAGUACUUCUCUGAUGUGAGCCAUGCCGCCAGGGAUUUCAUCAACGUCAUCCUCCAGGAAGACUCCAGGAGGAGGCCGACAGCAGCCACUUGUUUACAGCACCCAUGGCUGCAGCCACACAAUGGCAGCUACUCCAAAAUCCCGCUGGAUACCUCCCGCUUGGCAUCCUUCAUUGAGCGCCGCAGACACCAGUACGACGUGCACCCCGUCCCCGGUGUCAAGAGUUUCCUGAUGAGCAGGCUGAACCCCGGGACGUAAUGCCCACCUGUCUGGACACCACACUGCUGUUCCUGAGGCAUGGCGCAGGGAGCGAGCAGGCCCAAAGCAGAGCUUCUGUACAUACUUCUGUAUUCAGUGUUGGCAUUUGAAGGUACAAAUCUGUCCAGAGGUCCCAGUACCUCCUCAGUUACUCAGGACCAAAGCAAGCAGGGUAACGGUGACAGGUACUUAGGUGCCCACUUCAAUGGGCACCUCUUGGAAGCAUCUCCUCAACAUGGGGCAGCAAACACCAACUGGAGACAAGAGCCAAAACUGCAGUUGCCUUAAUCUUUGGGAGGCAGCCUUACCAGAAGUCCUCUUGAUCUUGCUGAACUGAUUUCUGAGUGUACGAGAGAUUAGGAGUAGGAUAGUGUGUGGAGGAGUAAGUCUAGGCUGACCUUUGUGUGUAUUGCAGGACUUGGCUGAAUGCAGCUCUCACUGAAGUCACUGCAUGCCUGCUCUGGGUUAACAGAUGGGUUUUGUGUGCUCUGUAUGCCCAGGUCUCCCAUGAUUUCUGUGAGGACUUCACCUGCAAGAUCAGGCCUGUUGGAUCAGCUUUUGUGGUGGCUUGGCGUAGAUACAUCCUCAUUACAUGGUAGUGCUCAGAAUAAAAUCCCAUGUUAAUAAUUGGGCUUUCUACUGCGUCAAGUCAACAUGCAGUACCUCUUGGAGCUAUGAUUGAGGCAAUGAAUUCAUUGGAGCAUACAGCUGUUUCUGACUAAGCACAACAGGACUAUGAUGGUGGUUGGUUUUUUGUUGUUUUUUUUUUUUUAAGCAUUUUAUAUACACUGUACAGAAAUCUUUCUCAAAACCUGUGCAUUGAGAAAAGGCUGAGUCCAAUUUUUGCAGUAUCUGUAAACUAGGUGAUGAUUGAUGAAGACAUUUUUUUCUAUCACAGGUUUUCAGUAUACAUAUAUUGUAUCAUAUAUAUAUAUAAAUAUAUAUAUAUAUAAAGGAUCCUGUUCCAUUUCUAGCUUCAGAAUUGCUUGGCCCAAAGUCCAUCUAAAGCCUUUCAAAGUGCAGUUGGUAAGUGGUGAGUCCAUCCUUGUGCUUACAGCUUGAAAAUCGUUUUCAGUGUUUAAAGUAUGUCAUUUGUUUCAUUUCCAGUCUUGUAAAUAUCUCUCAGCUGCCGUUAGCACCUCAUCACCAAAGCAUUUGUGAGGAUAUUUUUUGUCCAAAGCCUAAUUUGUAAUAAAAUAAAAAAAAAAUCUACAAUUAAAACAUUUCUCUCUUGCAAGCCAAGUUGUAACAUCAUCACACUGAUGUUACAGUGAUGGAGCCAGCCUUAAGUAUGAGCAAUGCAGGGAGCCUGCAGUGACAGAUCAGCAGUCCGUGGGCUGGCCAAGUCUUCUCUCUAGCAGCAGGACUGGAAGGGAAAACACCUCCCUGGCUGCUGCACCAUAAAACCCUGCAGCCUUCCAGGCUGAUGAUCAGACUUUUUUCCCCUUGGCAUAUGAGUACGUUGUCUCAGUGCUGAGCGCCGCUGCUGUGCCUGCAAUAGGAAAUGUCAGUUGUUACCAAAGCUUUUUCCUAAGGAAAAGGGCUUAUUCUGGCCAUGUGUACUCAGCAGAGGCUCUCUUGAGAUAUCUCGUCAGGGCAAGAGCCAAAUUCAAUUCACCAUCCAACUAACUGCACUGUGAGCCUGCGAUGUAUCUUCAGGAGCAAAAGCCGGUUCUGCCAGCAGGUGACAGAGACGCUCUGCAGGUAUUGCGAAUUCCCAGGGCUAUGCUAGCCCUUCUGAUCCACCUCUGAGCUCAGUUUCAUGGCAUUUGGAGACCUGGCCCCUCUCUUUGUGCUUGCUCUACCAGGAUGCUAGAGCAGUCAGGCACAGCAAGUUACAAUGUUCAGUGCUGCAGACCUUAAGAUCUGGGAGCCACAGGCAGACAGGGAAGCCUGGGUGCCCACACAGAGUCAGAGGCAGCAUACAAGACAGCGUGUGUGAUCUGAUCCUGGGGGACAUGGAGGGAAGGCUUGAGUGUUCAUGGAGGGCUAAAGCUUCUGAAUCCAUUCUGGUUUCCCUCCGUAGUACAGCAACUAAUUUUCCAAGCAAUUCAGUAGCACCUCAGAGACAAAGGCCAGACUCUCCUCCUGAGCAAAAGUGUGAGGUAUGCGAUUUCUUAGCAACUGAAACAUCUCGAGGCAGCAGUCAUCAAGGGGUGUCUUUAAUUAGCUCCAGCCUCAGGUACCUCCUCACUGCAGGACUAUUUGUGCUUCUUCCCAUUUGUCGAAGCUGGCUCUUUGUGCUGUGAUUGUGCUGCCUUUAAGCAAAUGUGUAUGGAAGUGUGGUUUAUAAAACCCACAGCUUUUAUUGGGCCUGUGGGUACACUUUAAACAGCACUCUUUCUGCUUGGCACUAGUACAAACAAAUUCUCACGUAUCACAGGAAAUCUGGAGUUAUUUAUCAUUUUAUUUUGCUAUGUCCUGCAUUCACAUUUCAAACUGUGAAAACAGGCACUGUGGGCUUAUGGGGGGAAAAGGUUGGAUUGAUUAAGGGAAUAUUUAAGCCUUACUGUGUCUUUUCUCUCUUCUGUUUGCAUUUGAUAGAAACUGGAGGCUUAAAUACUGCUUUAACAAUCUUUAAAAGCUCUCCCAGUCCACUGCCUUUUUAUUUUAAACAGCUUCAUUUUCAUUAACACGUACCUUAAAAAUAAUUUUACUUUUAACCUAAGGUAAUGCUGAGACAAAGCCUGUGCCCUCAGUGGGCUUUGUUACAAAUGCCACAAAGGCUGAAUGCAGAACUGCGUGGUGCAAUGUGACUAUAUAUAACUGUAUUUUAAUGCCCUUGCGAUGAGAGGGCUGCAUCAGGUGACCUGGGCUAUGUAAACUCCCAGAGACAAAUGUCCAGCACAGGGCCUGGGUUUGUUUUGCGGCUCAUUGGCAGCGUUCCAUCCCAACAUGGUGCUUCCCAAGGAUGCGAGGCCAGGCCCUGUGCUGCUGGGCUGGGCCUGUGGUGCCACCACGUGCUGGGCCUGGCACUGUGCUGUGUCAGCACUGCGUGUUGGCUGUGGCAGAGUGGUGGGAUGGCUGAGCGUGGCUCUGCACAGACCAUGGCCACCUCAACCUUGUUCACUGAGAGCAAAGCUCUGUGCUCGUCAGCUUUCCAACAGCCAGCUGAAGGAGGAAGGGGGACGGCCCAGUGGAUGGCACGGUGUUGUCAAGGUGCAAAGUAACGCCACAGCCUUAACGAUGUCAGCGCACAGUGCAGCCUGAAACACACUGCUACGCCAGGCGUGAUCCAACGCUACGGACACUGCUUCGGACUGUGCCCCCUCCCUAUGAACGGACUGUGCUAACGAUGCAGUUUCUGGGCUUUAUUUUCUUUAUUUAUUUUGGAUUAAACUCAAUUGUUCAGAGAA